AUGCGCCUCUACCAUGAGUCCAAGCCAGAGCCAGAGACUGGGCUUCGGAAGGAAAAUGAGAAUGAAAAUGAGCAUAAAAAUGAGGAUGAGAUAGAAAUUGAACCGCAGGUCCAUAUCGUCGAAGUCUCCCCGCGCGACGGCCUGCAGAACAUCCCCGAGUUCAUCCCCACUGAGAUCAAGGUCGCCCUGAUCCGCCGGCUAGCAGGCACCGGUCUACAGACGAUCGAGAUCGCCUCGGUCGUGUCUCCAAAGGUGGUGCCGCAGUUGGCGGAUUGGAGGGCUGUGCUUGGACAUCGGGUUGUCAGGCGGCUGUCACAGUCCGGGGGCGGCGGGCCAGCCUCUGCUUCUGAGUCAGACUCAGAGUCAGAGUCAGAGUCAAGCCAGCAAAGCGAGUCUAGCUUCGAGUCCGAGACUGAAUUUGAACUGGAACUUGAGCCGCGAGAGGGCUUCUGCCUUCCCAUCCUCCUGCCCAACCUCAAAGGGCUAUCCCUCCUGCUCUCGCACUCACCCCGGCCACCCAUAAGAUCCAUAUGCGUCUUCAUCUCCGCCACCGCGCCCUUCAGCCAUCGCAACAUCAAUUGCUCUGUUGACGACGGGCUUCUUCGAGCCCGCGAGGUGACGGUCGCUGCAAAAAAAGCCGGAAUCCCGCGAGUCCGCGGGUAUAUAUCGUGUAUCUUCACUGACCCAAUCACGCGUGAACCAACGGAUCCGUCUGCUGUGCUGCACUGUACGAGAUUCUUACUUGAGUCUGGGGCUGAUGAAAUUGCGUUGAGUGACACAGAUGGAUCGGGGUCCCCGGGUCUCACUUCCUCGUUACUGAGGUAUCUUCUUGAGAACGGAGUUCCCGUGGACAGGUUGGCGUGCCAUUUCCACGAUACGCGGGGUAGGGGACUGGAGAAUGUGUGGGCGGCGUAUGAAGUUGGGGUCAGGGUCUUUGACGGGAGUGUUGCUGGACUGGGAGGGUGCCCGUUUGCGCCGGGGGCGAGGGGGAAUGUGGAUACGGUGAGUUUGGUGAAGAUGUUUGAGGAGAACGGGGUGAGAACGGGUGUUGAUCUGGGCUUACUUGAUGAGGUUGGCAAGUGGGUAAAGGGGCGUCUGAGGGGAUAUAGAGAGUGUGGUAGGAAUGGCGAUGGAAACGGGACCAAAUUAGGGAUUGGAGCUGGAAAGGAUGAGAGGGAAGAAAGGAGAACGUUGCAGCUGGGCCUUUUCACGGCCACUGGGUAUUGA